GAUUUAGAGCGGAAGUGACGUAAGGCGAGGCCGUCAGGCUGCUCCGCGGUUGUUCUCAGCUGGGUCUGGAGGUUCUCGGUGGCAGCAUGGCUCUGCUCGUCCUCCUGGUCCUUCUCGUGCAGUUCGGGAGCCGGGCCGAGACCGUCACAGCGGAACCAGAGCCGUCCUCGGUGCCAGUGCCAACCAGGGUUCGAAUUGAGUCGUACGACAUGAACCCAGUCGUGUAUUGGAACCACCAGAGCGUGUCCCAUAACACUGUUUUUACUGUAGAGGUAAAGAACUACGGGAGUAAUAAAUGGGUUUAUGCCUGCAAAAAUACAUCGGCUUAUUAUUGCAGCAUUCCCAAUAUUGAUGACCCAGAUCUUCCUAUCUGGGCCAGAGUUAAAGCUAGAGUUGGACAAAAAGAGUCGGCCUAUGUGGAGUCCACGUCCUUCGUUUUAUGUGAGCAUGGAAAAGUUGGACCGCCCGAGCUAACUGUUAAACAGGAGGAAAACUAUAUCGUCGUUGAUGUGACUCACCCUUUAGUUCACAUAAGUUUAGAAGAGCAGGAAUCCAUGCACAGUGUUGGAAAUCUUUGUUAUGACUUUGACUAUAAAGUGUACAUGAGAGUGAACAGAAGUGAGACCCGAGAACACAUCCUCAGAGGCGAUGACUGCUUCGACACUCCAUGCCAUUUAAGGAUUCCGGUGCCCUUGCUGUAUUCUGAGUACUGCAUUUCGGCAGAAGGCAUCUCAGAACAAUGGGAUUUUACAACAGAAAAGUCAAAGGAAGAUUGUAUUACCAUUCACAAUAGCAACUUUAACGAUUUUAUUUGGAUUCCAAUUGUUGUUGCCUUUGUACUCUUUCUGGUAGUGGUCCUAGCAGUCACAUGUUAUUUUAAGAAGAUCUCAUGUAAGAAGAACAACAUAAUGUUGCCAAAAUCUUUGCUCUCUGUGGUGAAAAAUGCCACUUUAGAGACAAAACCUGAAUCAAAAUAUGUGUCGUGCGUCUCGUCCUGUCAGCCAAUUGCCGUGGAAAAGGAGGUGCUGAUCUGCGCAGAGGUUUCCCCGGUGACAGUGCCAGGCAUGCACACCGCAGGCAGCCCAGGAGAAGAGGCUUCCCCCGAGACCUGCACCGUGACUGCUGACAGCAGUGACUCUGACCUGGCUCCUAGCAGCCCCGGCCCCCUGACAGAGAAUUCUUUGCAGUCAAGCAGUAAUGAGUCAGAAUGCUGCACUGUGUUCUUAAACUCCUAUCACUCCCGAAAUGGUUCCGAUAGCGGCGUCAUGGGUUCAGACGGCUGCAUACCUGACUCUGAAAUCAUCCCAAGUAAUAAAACCGAAAUAAAGACAGAAGGACAGGAGCCCAGCAUGCCGAGAAACGCCCCCCUCUCUUUCGGAUACGAUAAGCCGCACGUGCUUGUGGAUCUGCUUGUUGGGGAGGAGGGUGCCAAAGAGUCUUUGGUUGGUUAUAGACUUACAACAGAUUCUGAGGAAUUUUCCUAAGAUGACUGAGAUGUAGCACCUUAGAGGGGAUACAGAUCUUCCUGCUCCGCUUUUGUGAAGAGAUCAUGAACUAGAGGAUGGCACUGGUUUUUCUGCUAUGAUUUGGUGAAGAUACCAUAAACUCAGAAGUGGUUCCUCAGUUGACAUUUACCAAGUAGAGCCACUUGGUCUGGACAAAUGUGAAAAGAGCCUGCUGAUACUGUUGUGUCCAGGCUUAGAACUACAGGGUCUUUUGUAGCAGCGUAAACCCACUGUGGCUCUCUGCACCUUCCUGUCUCCAGCUGGGUUAGAGUAAUCGUGAAUGUGCUCCAGUUAGCACUGCUUCCUGUCGGAAGGGGAUGCUCUCUUCUCUUCACUGCAAAAGAUGUAAUGGGAGUUUUUGCCUUUCCUUGCCUCAGUACGGUAUUUGUUUUUGUAAUUGUAUGUAUAUAUUUUUGGGUUUUUUAAAAAAAUUUUUUAUUUUGAGAUAAGUCUUGCUGUAUUAUCCAGGAUGACCUUUAACUCCAAACCUUCCUGCCUCAGCGUCCUCAACGCCUGGAAUUAUAGGCAUGUGCCACUGUACGUGCUGCAUGUGAUAUUUUAGUGCCUCAUUUUGGAAGAAGCUCUGAAAGCUGUCCAAAAUUGAAUUUAAAACGUAAGUACAUACUGAUUGCACUAAUGCCUAGAAAUGUACCAAUUUUUUGUGUACUAUUACGUUUUUUGAAAUAAAGAACUUCAAAAACUUA